CAUUAUGUCUCCAAGUGGACUGGUUUGGGUUAUAAAAGCUCUUCAAGGGGCUGGCCUAGCUACCUCACAACAAAGUGUUCUUCUUUCUUUCACUCAUGGCUCAAAUCCCUCCUUACAAAAUAUGUUUUGUACCCAAAAGCAAAGAAGAAGAGGAAGAAGAUGAGAAAAUCUACAAGAGAUACAGCGAAAUUGCUGCAGCUACACUUCCCACAACUGAAGGUUGGACGGGUAAACCAAUGUACCAGUACCAAGGCUUUUGGUACAACUCUGGAUUGCAUGGUAUUGGGCCAUUGGCAGUUCAAGAUCACUUCAAGGCAAGACCCAGUGACAUUCUUCUUGCUAGCAUCCCCAAGAGUGGCACAACUUGGCUGAAAUCACUGGCCUUCGCUGUCAUCAAUCGCAAAUCUAAUCCUCCUUCAGCUCAGCAGCAGCACCCUUUGCACAUAUUCAACUCGCAUGAUCUCGUGCCAGGGCUGGAGUGGUUGCUAUAUAACAACAACUUGAAUGCACUUUCAGGUUCUCGGAUUGUUUAUAUUUGUCGGAACACCAAGGAUACUCUGGUAUCAUGGUGGCAUUUUAACAACAAGAUGAGAUCGAAUAUAUCCUUAGACGCUAUGGAAUUGGAAGAAGCCUUGCACUGGUUUUGCAAAGGGAUGUCUUCAUUUGGGCCAUUCUGGGAACAUGUAUUGGGUUAUUGGAAAGCGAGCUUAGAAAGGCCUCAAAAUGUGCUAUUCCUUAAGUACGAUGAGAUGGUGGUUGAACCAGUUCUUCACCUGAAAAAGAUUGCAGAGUUUAUGGGGUGUUCCUUCUCUCCAAUUGAAGAGAAGGAAGGAUUGGUUGAUGAAAUAAUAAAGCUUUGCAGUUUCGAGAAUUUAAGCAAUUUGGCAGUGAAUAAAACUGAAAAAAAUGCUUCUGGUCUUCCCAAUAGUAGCUUCUUCAGGCAAGGUAAAGUUGGAGAUUCGUCAAAUUACCUCUCACCUGAGAUGUUGGAGCAGCUUGACCGCAUCACAGAGCAAAAAUUUCAUGGUUCGGGCUUAAAGCUCUAAGUUAGUUACCUCGUAUCUUGGUUUUUCUAUGGUAGCCUUUACCGUAAGUUUUUGCUCUGUUUUGUUGGCUUUGAGUGGAAGAAAGAAUGAUAUUGGCGCUCUGUUCUCUC